CGUCGCCGGCGCCCCCGGGUCCAGCAGACCGAAACCGCGCGUGGGGCGCAGUCACGCGGCGGCUCUGAGGACAACAGUUGCCAAAGUAUGUUUACACUUAUGAUUGUACUGAGCCAACUGCCCAUGGUUACCUUGGCCUUUCCUCGUGACAUCAGAAGUCUGGAGGAGUCCCGGCCUGCGGGACAAGUCUUUACAUCACAAGAGGAAGCAAACCUUUUCAUACACCGUCGCCUCCUCUACAAUAGAUUUGACCUGGAGCUCUUCACUCCCGGUGAUCUGGAGAGAGAAUGCUAUGAGGAGCUUUGCAAUUAUGAGGAAGCCAGAGAGAUUUUCGUGGAUGAAGAUAAAACGGUGACAUUUUGGCAAGAAUAUUCCUUCAAAGGACCAACCACAAAAUCAGAUGUUAAGAGAGAAGACAUUGAUGUUAUGGGCCUUCUGACUGGAUUAAUUGCUGCUGGAGUGCUUUUGGUUAUUUUUGGGUUGCUUGGAUACUAUCUUUGUAUCACCAAGUGUAAUAGGCAACCCUAUCCAGGUUCUUCAGACAUCUAUGUAAGAAGAGGCAGACAUACUCCCUCCAUCAUCUUCAGAAGGCCUGAGGAGGCUGCCUUGUCCCCAUCACCGUCUUCAGAGGACAUAGCACUACCUUCGUAUGAACAGGCAGUGGCUCUGACCAGAAAGCACAAUGUGUCACCACCACCACCAUAUCCUGGGCCAGCAAAAGGAUUCAGGGUAUUUAAGAAAUCUAUGUCAUUCCCAUCUCACUGAGUGUACCUUCCUAUAAGAAAUUUCUAUUGUUUGAGCUAAAACAAACAAACAACAAAAAGAUGUGCCUCUUCAGCUUUCUAUGACAAACUGCACAGAACAGAGGAGCAGGAAGCCCAGCGGGAUCACGCCAUGGCACUGUGUGCAUCUUGGACCUGAACUGGAUUGUCAGCAGCUUGUUAAGAGACUUUACUCCAUAUCCUUGCAGCUAAGAAGAAAGCACUUUAUUACAAUGUAUGUUCUUUUGGUUAAAAAAAAAAAAUCUUUGUUUAAAAUACAUAAAUCAUCUUUGUUAUAGCAAGAUGUAGCAUUACAGGCACAUGGCUAAUCUCAGCACUCAGGAUGCUGAGACAAGAGGGAUGAGACUUGAAAGGUAGCCUGGAAAUACAUGAUGAGCCCUGUCUCAAAAAAUAAAAAAAACAACUUUUUUAUUGAUAGUAUAACUGAAAACAUGAACUGUUGGUACAGAUAAAUUUGCAUAGAUAAAUGUUUGUAUGUUUCUUAUGUUGAAUAUUUAAAAAGUUACAAUGUGUAAUUAUUAUCUUAUCCCUAAGUCACAAUAUUAGACCUGUCUUAUAUAAAUACAUAUGUGUGUGUGUGUAAUACAUAUACAUAUAUACGGGGGUUUGUAGUACAUGGUGUGUAUGGUACAUGCAUGUGUGUGUAUAUGCACGUGACCCAUGCACAAACAUGCAGAAGCCUGAGCAAAACCAAAGGUAAUUUCUAUUGCCUGAGAGUCUCAUUUACUGAACCUGGAGUGCCCCAUCUUUCAGUUAGACUGGCUGACCAGUGAACCCAAUGAUCUUCCUGUCUCCAACCUGCUUAGCACAUGGGUUAGAAGGUGUGCAAGGACAUGCCCAGCUUUUUAUUUGAAUGUCAGGGGUCAAACUAAGGUCCUCAUACAAGCAUUCUUACCCACUGAGCCACUGCCCCAGCCCAGAUUCUUUCAUUAUUAGAAUUUCCCUUGGUUUGGAAAUGUUGUACAGAAUUUGAUAUUUCAGUAUAAAUCUGUAGCCUUAAUAGAAUCACUUAGUUUUCCUGCCUGGUUCUAUUUCAAAUUGUUGCAUAGCAUUCACCAUAUUUUACAGGCUCUAGUUUUUAACUUGCUAUCAGUUGUAUUUUAGUAUGGUGAGAAAAGUCAAUAAUUUUCUUUUUCUAAAAAUUAAUAUUCACUGUGAAGUGACUUUUGAGAUAGCACAGAGUUACAAUGCAAGGGUUUGCAAGACUUGUCACAUUAAUAAACAGGCCUGUACUAGCGACUAGAACUCCAAAAGUUGCCCAUGUUACUAAUGAGUAUCUAGUAUCCUAGUAUCUAGUUGUAAUUUAUAAUUAUGAAAUUCUUUAUACAUCUCUGUGUGUAUAUAUAAUUAAUUAUCUGAAUUUUUUUAGACUUAAUUAUAAUUUGCCACUUCAGAGUUCAGUUCUCUAGAACCCAUGUAAAGCCAGAUAUAAAAAGUGAUGCAGGCCGGGCGUGGUGGCGUACGCCUUUAAUCCUAGCACUUGGGAGGCAGAGG